AUGACCAACCCAAAUAAGCCUACCCGAGCACAAGAACACCAAAAGAGCAAUCGGCCGCUGCUCCCCAGGAAGUCCCUCAGAGACGGACAUGAAGAGGCUCAGCAGCAUCAAUAUUCGCCACUCGACAUUUCCGACCUGCCUAGGGCAGCCUUGACAGCCGUCGCAUGCAACAACUGCCGCCUUAGAAAGUCAAAGUGUGAUGGUCGUAAGCCAGCAUGUUCUGCAUGUGUGAGUCGGCGGCAAAAAUGUAUAUACCGGGCCGAGGUUACGCAGGAGAAGAUGCUCGAGUUACGGAAAGGCUCUAGAGACCUUUUUCAGGCUCUAGAGCUGUUAAGGACUGCCCCAGAAGAGAAUGUUGCUGCUAUGCUGCUGGAUUUGCGCAGCAGAGGCUCCGUGUCCGACUUCCUACAGUCUGUCGACUCAGCAGGGACUUUGGCCAGCUCUGCCCUGGAAAUGGAUCUUAAUAUGCGCUACUCGAGCGCGUUUCCUACCCUAGAAAAUCUCACAAUCACGGAUGUAGAUCUCGGACUGUUGGCUGAUGAUAAGCGCAAUUCAAAAUCACUAACCUUUUCGGAGCCAACGUCAAUCUCACCUUAUUCUCCUAUAGACUUCUCGGGACGGCAACCCGCGACACCGGCAACUUCCGAGUCCUUCUCAACGCCUAGUGAUACCACCGGAGAUUCAUCUCAGCAGUCAUACAUUGACCAUCGAUUGGAGGGUCUUCAGAUUUGGCAAUGGACCUCAGUUCCCAUCCCCGAAACUCUAGCAGAGCAGACAAUCUCUUUCUAUCUCUCCAACGAGCAUCCUCUCAUUGCAUUUUUCGACGCCAAUUUAUUCAUCAGAGAUCUUGUAUCAGGCGGAGGACGCUUCUGCACACCUGUCCUUGUCAGUUCUUUACUUGCUUGGUCCUGUGCCUCCUAUUCGCAGUUCGAACCAAGGGCACAGCCACUGUCGUUUGCCUUUCUAAAAGAGGCAAAGAAGCGUUGGCGGGAUCUCCCCGACUGUAACUGUGUCACAGCCCUCACAUCUGCCAUGUUCUUGACCGUGACAUGCAACCAACAUGGACAAGACCGUAUUGGGCUGUUUUAUCUUGAUGCAAGUGUAGAGAUUGGUCGUCGGCUCGGUUUGUUUGACAAUGAGAAUGCACAGAUAGUCAGUGUAGAAGAUGACGAGGAGCUGAAAUCUGCAUUUUCGUAUGCUGCCUGGGGAUCGUUUGGCUGGCAUAGUCUACACUCCGUCAACUUCCGAACACAACACCGAAUACUCCACCCGCCAACUUUACCUAUACCAGGAGAUGUAUCUGGACCACCACUUGUUGAUCAUAUGGGAAGCACGUUCACAUGGAUAUGCAAAUUCUGGUUGAUUACGCACAAGAUAUUCGGAGAGGGGUUCAACAACUUCAGUCGCAUGCCCAUGUCACACGCACACCAGAUGUACCAGUUGUUGCUCGACUGGGCCGCUGCUCUGCCAGAUGAGGUAAAGAGAAGUGGCACAUGCCCGCACCAUGUUUUAGUGUUACAUAUUUGGUACCACACGUCAAUAAUAGAUAUCUGGCGACCUUUCCUAGAAAAUCACCGAGAGGAAGACACACCACUGAGUUCAACAGCCAACGCCGCGCAUAUGGCGUCAACACAGCAGCUGAAACGUAUCUUGUACAUGUACCGUACACGAUUUGAGUCGACAAACAUGACAAUGUUUAUCACACCCGGUUUGCUUACUUUAAUCAACGAAAUAUUUCGCAACCCCGAAGCACCGGACGCUCAGUUUUGGUUCAUUCUCGCGGCACGUGGCUCUCUCUCUAUUGCAUCAUGGUGCAAAGGCCUCCGCGGCAUCACAGAAGGACUUAUGGCGAUUGGAUGGCAAAAUGGGACUUUCAGGCGUCACGGUUGGGCGGGAAACAGCAUGAUCGAGGAUGUUCGCGCUGCAACAAGAGCGUUGGUGCAAGACGGCGCGUACAGAAGUCUUUAUCCCAUCAACCUGGAUUCGGCGAGCGAAGAUAUGGGAUACAUAGGAAUGGAAGCUCUGGCCAGGGAAUUCCAGCGGUUAACUGUACAAAAUGAGCCGCGUGGGCAGGAGAUAGAGAUGACAAGCGAGCAACCCGUCUGGAAGGGAGAUCCUCGAGACUUGUCGAUGACGUUGAGCGAGGCAACCGAAGAAGAAGAGUACAGGUAA